AUCAAGAGGUUGUACAUAUUACCUGUCCUUUCAUGUAGGCACAAUGGUGACCUACAAGGUGUUGCUAUCUACUGGUGAAGGGGAAGUAAAGAGUUUUUACGUGACACUUCUGGACUCAAAGAAUCAGAGCAGUGACAAAAUCCAGGUGAAAAAACCUCUUUUGGGUUUUGGAAAGGAGAUCUCCUUUGACAUCUGUGCGAAGGACCUUGGAGACAUUGUCCAGGUGAAAAUUGAAAAGCCCAAUUCUCAGUGGUUUUGCAGUCAUAUCAGAGUGAAAUCAUCCUCUGGAAACUGCUUUGAGUUCCCCUGUUAUCGCUGGUUAGAUGAUAAUGAAGUGAUUAUCAGAGAAGGCAGUGGUAUGUGACACUUACUUUGUUCAUUAUCCAGUUGUUAAUGAAGCAUUAUUAUUAAUAUUAUUAUCAUCAUAUGUGUGUGUUAUGUAUUUCUUUGUGCGUUCAUUUAGCUCGACUGCCUCAGGAUGACACCGAAUUGCUUAAAAAGCAAAGACGAGAAGAAUUGGUUUCUAGACAGGAUAUAUUCAGGUUUGAUGAAACAGUUGCAAUCUUUAAAAAUAUUGAUUUGUUGUAGUUUUUCUUCAUUCUACUCUAGAUUCAGUUAUGGGGGGAUGGGGUUACAAAACACAUUUAGGUAGAUGCAAAAUGUAGAUAACUGUCACACAUUGAUCAAACAUGCACAAGAUAAAUAAGCAAUAUCACACAAGAAGCCGUGUGAUAUCGCUCUAUAUCAGUGUACAAGUGAGAUAUUGUGUUUAUACAACAGUUUGACGCCACAAGUGUGUAAAUAACGACAACAUGUGUAAAGAAGCAACAAUGGAGUCUCUUUAAAAAACAUAUUUUGUGCAGAACUACUUCUUUUCGGCAUGGAUUCAAAUCUCCCAUUCAGAGUAAUCCGCUUUUCUAUUGUUUUAUUUAUUGAAAAAAAUUAUUGUGUAAUAAUCUAAAAUACUGGCUAGUGCUAUACAGUAUAAGCACAUUUAUGCACUGCAGCAUUAACCAUUUAUAUUAAUAAUUAGCUGAGAUUAAAUGUUAUAAUGCGAUUGUUUCAUUAUUAUG